UUUCCGUUAGCUAACAUCUCUGCACUGCCAUUCAUUAUUUGCUCUCACGGUUGAUGGGACCAGAAAGUUCGUCUAUCAAUGCAAUGAAACUCAGGUGAAACAUGAGGAAAGAAAUUGCAGCUGUGGUAUUUUUUCUGAAAAGGCUGGUCAAAAAGGGGGACAAGUUGGACUCGGAAAAGGUGGAUCUUUUUGUGGAGAGGUUGGCAGUUGCUCUGCAGGAGAAGUUUAAGGGGCAUUGGUAUCCAGACAACCCCAGCAAAGGCCAGGCAUACAGGUGUAUCCGUGUGAACAGGUUCUGCCGGCAGGAUCCAGAGCUGCUUCGGGCCUGUCGAGAGAGCAGCGUCCGAUACGACGACCUGGGGCUGCCACGGGAGUUCAGUCUGUGGGUGGAUCCAGGGGAGGUCUGCUGCAGAUAUGCCGAACACAAUCCGUGCUUUUCCGUCGCCACCUUUUCCACCGACGAUGAGGAGGAUAAAGACGUUGCGAGGAAGGUGACCAGUGCCCUGGAGAGGGUGACGUCCGACUACCACUCGGGUUCUUCUUCCGAUGAGGAGAGUUCACAGUGUUCUCCUGUUACCGUCCCCAACAGUCCCUGCACUUCACAGAUGAUGAAUCCGUCCGCUCCAUCGUGGCAUCCGAAGAGGCCGGUCCAGGGCAAAGGUCACCCCUCUCCCAGACCUCAGUUCGGCUUCAGACCUCGGAACAAACCCCACCACGCUUUGCGGCACCUGUGGGUCCCCCCCGGGUACCGCCGAGGACCCGGAUACUGGGACGCGCCCCCCAACCUGGCUCACUGUUACAGUUAAGAAUCAUGGCUAUGGGCACACUGGACAUUAAAGCUGGAGAAAACACUUAACAUGACUGAACCAUGUUUUUAAACAGAACUUUUAUACUUUAAAUAUUGUUUUUGAUAAAGAGAAAAACCAACUUUUGCACUUUAGACCAUUUGUUAUAGUUGAAAUAAACCACUUGUAUUCAUUUAGAUAUUAAAGUUGGAGUACUACACCUGUAGUUAUGGACAAGUACUGUAUUUUCUACUAUGGGAUGUUAACGUUGACCACUUUGUGUCCUUUGUGAUGAUUUUAUUUAUUCAGUGUGUAGAUGUAUAGGCUUAAAUUUAUGGGGUUUUAUUAAACACAGUUUCCAGGCAUCUUGAA